AUGGUACGCUCAAUUCUCAACAUGCGAAUACUAGGGGCUGCGCGUCAGGUGCGCAGAUUCAGCAGCUCCCCGCGACAAUACGCAGCAGAUGUCAAGAGCAUCGGCGUUAUUGGUGCCGGCCAGAUGGGUCUGGGAAUCGCCCUGGUUGCGGCGCAAAAGGCCCAAGUACCCGUGACAAUUAUUGAUACAUCUGAGAAAGCUCUGACCAAGGGCCUCGCCUUUGCCGACAAGCUACUGGCAAAGGAUGUGGCCAAGUCCAGAAUUACGCAAGAGCAGGCCGACAAAGCUCGAUCACUGCUGACGCCAAGCACAAGGAUGGAAGACCUCUCCUCCAUCGACUUCGUCAUCGAAGCGGUGCCCGAGAUCCCCAAUCUCAAGUUUGACAUAUUUAGCAACCUGGCCCAAAUCUGCCCCAAACACGCCAUCUUGGCCACCAACACGUCGUCCAUCUCCAUCACCCGCAUUGCCGCCGCCACAACGUCGGAUCCCAACGACACCUCCGCAUCGUCUCGCGUCGUUUCCACCCACUUCAUGAACCCCGUCCCAGUCCAGAAGGGUGUCGAGAUCAUCAGCGGUCUCCAAACCAGCAAGGAGACUCUUGACACGGCGGUAGAGUUUUGCAAGAGGAUGGGAAAAGUCACCUCCGUCUCGGCCGACUCUCCUGGCUUCCUGGCCAAUCGCAUCCUGAUGCCCUACAUCAACGAGGCUGUCAUUUGUCUCGAGACCGGGGUAGGGGAUCGCGAUUCGAUCGAUGGCAUCAUGAAGAACGGGACGAACGUGCCUAUGGGACCCCUUCAGCUUGCCGACUUUAUUGGCUUGGACACGUGCCUGGCCAUCAUGAGAGUGUUGCAUGCGGAAACGGGUGAUUCCAAAUACCGACCGAGCGUCCUGCUCGGCAAAAUGGUUGAUGCUGGCUGGCUCGGGAAGAAAAGUGGAAAGGGCUUCUACGACUACUGA